AUGCUGCAGGUUCACAUCCCGUCCGCGGGCCCGGAGGCCGGGGCGCCCCGGCAGAGCCCGGAAAAGAGCCACAUGGUGUUCCGGGUGGAGGUGCGGUUCCGCGGGCGCAGACACACGGUGCCGCGGCGCUACAGCGAGUUCCACGCGCUGCACAAGCGGAUCAAGAAGCUGUACAAGGUGCCCGAAUUCCCCUCGAAACGCCUGCCCAACUGGAGGAGCAGAGGCCUGGAGCAGCGGCGGCAGGGCUUGGAGGCCUACAUCCAGGGCAUCUUGUACCUGAACCGGGAUGUGCCCAAGGAGCUGCUGGAGUUCCUGAGUCUCCGGCACUUCCCCGCAGACCCCAAGGCCGGCAGCUGGGAAGCCCUGGGGGAGCUCCUGCCUAGUGACAGCAGCUCGCAGCUGUACCACCGGCCUGUCAUCAGCUUCCGCGUGGACCCCUACAUUUGUCUCUCAUCCCCAGAGCCUCUGCCCAACGUGGUGGUGAACGGCGUGCUCCAGGGCUUCUACAGCUUCAGCACCGGCACCGCCGACUCCCAGCCCGAGGGUCCCUGCCGCCCUGCGCCUUCGCCGCCAAUGCCCUGA